AUGGCUGGUCGUCCACCAGCAAAUUACAAACGUCUUAUUGUGCUGUGCGACGGAACGUGGCAGAGCAUUUUGAAUGUCAGCAGUCCUAGCCAUCCAACCAACAUUGCCCGCUUUGCUAGAGCCAUCAGUCCGGUCGCUGUGAUUAGGGAAAAGGAUGGUAAGGAACGAGAGGUCGAGCAAAUCGUCUACUAUCAACCUGGUGUUGGGUCAGGAAUUGGCGACCAGAUCCGUGGCGGUGUCUAUGGGGCUGGGCUCUCUGCCAAUAUCCGGGCGGCUUAUGCUUUCCUAGCACACAAUUACGAUCCAGAUCCUGGAGAUGAGAUCUUCUUCUUUGGCUUCUCGCGCGGUGCCUACACUGCCCGCUCCAUCGCUGGGUUAGUGGCCAAGCUUGGACUUCUCACAAAACGAGGCAUGGAUUGGUUCCCUCAAGUCUACGAUGAGUACUACAAGGAUCCGACCAGCAGACCUGAUUUCGACUUUUCUCCAACCCUCAAAAAUCUGAUCGGCAAUGACGUGAACGAAAAGGCAAAAGACGCCAUCAAGAUUCUAGGGGUCUGGGACACUGUCGAGUUCCAUGCCGAGGGAUGGGGUGGUGAAAAGAUCGAAUUUCACAACGCCGAGUUGUCGACCAGGAUCCAAUACGCAUAUCACGCCCUUGCGCUGGACGAGCGUCGAGUCCCCUUCAUGCCAACACUGUGGCAAUGGCCGCGAGACCCAAACAACGGCUCGCAAUUGUACCAGCCAACGUCUGACGGUGCAGGUCUUCAAGUGAUGAAGCAGGUCUGGUUCUCUGGUGUCCACAGCGACAUCGGUGGCGGCAGAUAUGACCCGAGGGGCUCCGACAUCUCACUGGCAUGGAUGCUCGCCCAAUGUUCCAAGGACAAGAAAUUGGCCUUUAUAGACGAGGAUCCUGAGCAUAUGGACGACGCAGCAGAGUUCUACCUUCUCCCGGACCGACUCAAGCCGAAUCCCAACAAGCACUGGAAUCAACUGGGAAACAGGCUGGUGCCAGAGCCCAGCGCAGGUCUCGUCGGCGACCUCGAAGACGCCGUCGAAAACAUUGCCGUCGAAGAUCGCAAGGCCUGGCCCAUGGCCAACACGUUCGAACGGAUCCAUCGCUCGAUCCACGACCGCAAUCUCCACCACUGGCCCUGUGGCAUGCUUGAUGGCAGGGACCAGGACGGCCUUUGGGCGCUGGUCACCCCGAGCAAUUACGGCAGAGCUCUUCCAGAGUUGGAACGCGACGAGGUGGCCGAUGCGAUUGAGGACAAGUAUCGUGGAAGAAUCCGUGCAGCGCCGGGAUCCUACGGCGGUCCUGCUAUCCCGAAAUUGUAA